CUUUGUUUACGUUCUAGGGGAAGAGGAAGCCGCGACGUGGUGUAAGUGACAGCUGGCACGCCUGUCCCCAGGGCUCUUAAGGAUCACUAGAUCUUCACAGCCCUAACAACAACAACAACUGUCACCGCAUCAUAGCAUUUCAACAGGGAGCAUAAAUCACACUUCCUCGGCCCUGAAGGGAGAAGAAGAAAGAGGUGAAGACCAACACUAGCAAACCUGGCUAGCUCCCAAUAUUUUGGCUGGCCUUCAAGACACUCCAUUGCACCAGGAUCUUCUUGCAGAGGACAGGACGACUCACCAGAAUCUGAUCAGCUUAAUCUUCCUGCUGCUCUGGGCCCCAUCUAAUGACCAACAGGAACAUGGUGAUGGGAUAGUAGGUUUGAAACAGGAAAAUAAGUGAAAGAAGACCAGGGGAAAGAACAUAUGGCUUCAGAAGGAAGAAGGGAGCAUAUCAGGAAUAAAGUCACCAGGAGCAGCAGUAUCUCCACCCCUCACCUGUCCAGAUGUGUGUUGCUGCUGCAUGCCUGUUAAUGGUUUUCUGCGAGGAGAUGUAAAAGUGAGAAGCAGAGGCAGGCAUGUGAGGCUUCCUGCUACUGAAUGAAAGAUACAAGCAAUCACUACACUUCAUUCUGAUAACAAUACCUUGAUUCACAUCACAUCCUAACUGCAUUGAUUUAUGAUCCUAGUAACCACAUCAGCAAAAAGGUCUUUGUAAGUAAUGUAGGUAACACCACGACAGCACCACCAAGCAGGGCAACAAGGGCGGCACAAUGCAGCGGUUCAUGGACCAACUCACAAGGCGGAAGGUGGUGAAUUUUGGCCACUCUGAGCUGCGCCGGGUCCUGGGUGUUCUGGACCUGACCAUGCUGGGAGUCGGGUCCACUAUUGGUGUGGGCAUCUACGUGUUAGCUGGCGAGGUGUCACGCAGGUCUACCGGCCCAGCCAUUACCAUCUCCUUCCUUGUUGCAGCUAUUGCAUCCCUCUUUGCUGGUCUGUGCUAUGCUGAGUUUGGUGCUAGGGUUCCCAAGGCUGGCUCAGCGUACAUCUAUACUUAUGUCUGCAUUGGGGAGUUUGUAGCCUUCGUCAUCGGCUGGAACCUUAUCUUGGAGUAUGUCAUUGGAACGGCAAGUGUGGCACGAGGUUUCAGUCAGUAUGUGAAUGCGUUAGCCAACAACAGCAUAGAAGACGCCCUGCAAGAAGCAGUGCCGCUCUUACCCGAGAACACUAAAAGUUUCAUCUCCACAUACCCUGAUUUCCUUUCAUUUGGACUUGCUGUCAUCCUCUCAGUGGCCCUGGCACUCGGAGUGAAGGAGUCAUCACGCAUGAACAAUAUCUUCACCAGCAUCAACAUCAUCGUCAUCGUGUUUGUCAUCAUUGCCGUAGGAACACAAGCUGAUCCCUUCAAUUGGAGGAUUCCUUCUGAUAAGAUCGAUGGCUACUGCAACAUCACAGGGAAUGAGGGGGAGGAGAAGGGAAAGUGGUGGGGGGCAGGUGGCUUUGCUCCCUACGGCUUCAAGGGAAUCAUGGAGGGUGCCGCCACCUGCUUCUUUGGCUUUGUGGGCUUUGACAUCAUUGCCACAACAGGUGAGGAGGCCAUAAACCCAUCCCGCACCAUUCCUCUGUCCAUUGGCAUCUCCCUCUUCAUCAUCUUCCUGUCCUAUUUCGGGGUGUCGGCUGUCAUCACGCUAGCCUUUCCAUACUGUGUGCUGGAUGAAGAUGCUCCCUUGGUGGUCAUAUUUGAUGAGGACCAUAUUGGAUGGGAGGCUGCCAAGAUAUUUGUCAGUGCAGGUGCUCUGUUUGGCUUCAGUGCCAGCCUGUUUGGUGCGAUGUUCCCCCUUCCUCGUAUCAUCUAUGCCAUGGCCAGUGAUGGUCUGGUGUUUCGUUUUUUCUCCCAGAUCAGCAAGAAAUUCCAGACUCCCACCAUUGCAACUGCUCUCUCUGGCAUAUUUGCUGGUGGAAUGGCAAUGUUUUUCGAAUUGAGCUCCUUAGUGGAUAUGAUGAGCAUUGGGACCCUCAUGGCUUACACUAUUGUGGCUCUUUGUGUCCUGCUGCUGAGAUACACAGACAAUGACCAUAGCAAUGAGAAGUCUGAGUACACAUUGCUGAAUACAUCGUACACAGUGGAUGAAGAGGAUAGGGAUGAGGAGGAGGGUGAGGCUGUCCUGCCCACCUCAGUUCCAUCUAGCUAUCAUAUCUCAGACUAUCUCCACCAGCUCUUCAACACCAGGGGCUUUACCAAGCCUACCGACCUCACUGCUUCUCUCGUCACAAAGGCUAUCAUGUGCUUCUGUGUAUUGGUGCUAACUCUGGACAUCUUGCUGGUGACUCUCAAUGAACAGUUGGCUAAAGGGAACCCUGGUGCCAUCACUGCCAUUGUCAUCAUGGGCAUUCUCAAUAUUGCCAACCUCAUUGUCAUUGCCCGCCAGCCAGAGUCCAAGAAAAAGUUGUCUUUCAAGGUUCCUCUGGUGCCAUGGGUGCCCGCUAUCAGCACGUUCAUUAACCUGUACCUCAUGUGUAGCCUGGAUGUGAACACCUGGUAUCGAUUUGGCAUCUGGAUGGCUAUUGGCUUUCUUGAUUAUUUUGCCUAUGGCUUGUGGAACAGCUCACUGCAAAAAAGAGGCAGCAACAAGCUCGGCCUCGACAACCUGAGCUUCUCUGACAGCAAGAAGACCCACCAGCUGAUCAUUCCCAAGAUAGAGAUCCAGCCAGCCACUCCUCUUAGCUCCGAACCAAGCACUCCUGUCACCAAGCCUAAGCAGACAACUCCUGUAGCCCCAUCUCCCCUUACUACAGAGGUUCAAGGCAAAGAAACUGGUGCUGAGGGUGAGGGUGCCAAUGGAAGUGUAGCAGUGUGUGAAGACAUCUCCCCACUAGAUGCUGCCGCUGUUGUUGCAUCUCUGAUGAUGACUGGCAAGGCUGUUGAGGGAGGGACUGAGGAGGAGGAGGAAGAGAAGGAGAUUGAAGACAAAGAAAGAAUAGAGGGUGAAAGAAAGGAGGAUUGUAAAGAAUGCACAGAUGAUGUUAAGAGAAAGGAUGAGGAAGGUAAAAAAAGUAGAGAUGAAGGUGAAAGAAUGGAAGAUGCUAAAGAAGGCAUAGAUGUUGAAGGAAAUAAUGGUGAUAUAGAGAAUGAUACUCUGGUUAAUGAGAGUCCCAGUGAGGAUAGUGUGAAAGUUAAUGGUUAUGUUGUGGGGGAAGCAAAGAAUGGUGAUGAUGGUGCCUUGCCUCUCACUGUCAUAACCAAUUCUCUGUUGUCCUCUGACAGCAGGAAGGCAAAUGAAGACACAGAAGUGAAGGAAGUGAGCAGAACAGAGGAUGGUACACCAGCUCAGGAUGUGAAUGAGAACAAAACUGAGGAAGUAAAGAAAGAGGAGGAUAAUGAGAUAGAAAGGAGUGAGGAUAACAAGGUGGAAGAGAGCAGCAAUAAAAAGGAUAAACUCAACAAACCACCAUCAGUGGCCAUCCCACCAUUCAACCGAGACAACACCACCGAUGGCACAGGCAUCACCAAAGCUUACUACUCAUCACCAGAGCUCUCACCACCGCCUUCUCCACCACCCUCUUCGCCUACAUCACCAGCACCACCCCUGCCCACAACAGCACCGACUUCAAAGCCACGUGCUGUUCUUGUUCGUUCUCAGUCAGAGGCAAACUUAAUUUGCAGUGUCCCUUCAACUCCAGCAGGAGGGAGGCACCCAAUAAAGAAGCUCCAUCGCAUGUCAAGCUUCGAUGACAUACCCCCACGUUCUCCAGACAGUCCUUUUGCCCGCCGUGUCGCCAGUUUUGUGGUCAUCCCGGUCCACGAACCAGGAAUGGAGGACUCAGAUGAAAACAGCAUCACUCCCUCUCCCUCCCCAAGUCCCACCACUAAGGAUAACGUGUUUCAAGAUACACUGAGCAAGAAGGAGGAUAAGAGGAUGUUUAUUCUAGGCAGCUCAGAGUCUCUUGACAAGCUUGCAGGUGAGGGCAGUGAGACAAGUGAGUUUCUAAGCACCAGAAGAAUGGUAAGCAGGGAGUUGGAAGUGCUAGACCCAAUCCGAGAAAGAGGAGAGAGCAAACUGUAUGCCAACGGAGCUGACAAGAGAGAGAUCCAGCCAUCAUAGGAGGACCCUGUUAAGUAGAUGGAUACAGGCAUAUGCAAAUGUGAUGGAUUGAAAAUACAAGACAAAACAGUGAAGUAAACAUGAUGAUUAGAAAAGAAUUAAGACAAGACAAGACAAGUUGAAUUAAAUAUGGCAGAUAGAAAAAUUUUCUAAGACAAAAUAAAACAAGAAGGCAAAGAAAACAUGACAUAGAAAAAAAUGAAGAAGACAAGAUUGUGAAUUAAGCAUGUUGCCUUAAUGGAGAAAGUUUGUUCCUCAGCCAGCUAAGCCUGAAUAGUCACUCAGCUGCUGCUUACACUUGGAAAGUAGCCUCUAUUAGCACUGAAGAGCAUGAAGAGAGUUGGCAAAUCUAUGUGCAUCUUCUCAUCAAUGAAUUAUCACACCUCACCUCAUAUGCAUGCAUCUUUAUCUAUCCCUCUCCAUAUUAUAUGUAUGCUUGUGCAUGUUCAUAUUGUAAGUUUUUUUUUUUUUCUUUUUUUUUUGUGUGUGUGUAUUAGGUAAGAAAAAUUAUUCCUUGUUUUCUAGUAUCUUGACAAACUCUGUGCUUUUAAAUUACUUUGUAGAAUAAUGUGAUGUUAUGAUUAAGCAUUGUAACUUGUAGGUGUUUGUGCAAGUUUUCAAUAUGUAACAGGAAUGUUCAGAUACUUCAUACUGUGCAGAUUUUCUCAAGCAAGGAUAUUGUGUGUAGGCUGUGUGUAGAACAAAGGGAAGUGAACAAAAUGGUAACACUGCCAUACAAUAAGUCACAAGCUGUAUUCUCACAAACUUGUAGUAACUCAAAACUCUUUCACAAUUAAUGUUUUGUGCAUCAGAAAACAAGACUGCACACAAGAAAUGUUCACAAACUUGAGGUUCACAAAUUGUUCACAAUGCAUGUUUAGCGCAUCAGAAUAUCAGAAAAUGACACUGCAAAAUGGCAAUUGAUCACAACAGGCAGCUCCUGGAUACAAAACUGAGUAUCUAAACCAUAAAUUUUCCUAAUCUCCACAUAAGUAUAUCCACAUCUUUUUAUUGCAUGCCUUCCCGUGCUUAUUGGGGGUCUUAGCAAUGUGACCUCUGCUGUUAUUUAACCCUAGAAAAUCCCAAACCAUAAUGCCAGUUGACAAUGACAAGGCAGCUCCUGAACACAAACUCAGCACCUAACCCGUAAAUUUUUCAAAUCUCCACAUAUUCCUUAUAUGGAGCCUCUGCUUGUGUCUCAGUGUCUAUCAUCCAUAAAGUUUUCCAGUCUCCACAUGAAUUUAAACAGUUCUUUCAUUUUAUUCUUUUUAUUUGAUCUUUAUUUGUGCUGCUUAAGUGUUGGUCUUGGCAAUGUGAUACCUGCUAAAAUCUUACUCUAGAAAAUUCCUAAACAAAAUUAUGACCUAUUUGUCGCAAUAAUAAUAUUAAUAAUAAUAAUAAUAAUAAUAAUAAUAAUAAUAAUAAUAAUAAUAAUAAUAAUAAUAAUAAAUUAUUGUCACAUAACAAUAUACAUGAAAUUUGCUUUGUGAGCCAUAAAAAAAAAACAAUAAAAACUCAUAUAUUUUCUUAUGUCUGUUUAUAAAAUGUGUUAACUGCAUGAAAUAAAUAUGUACCAUAUAUUUCAGCACAUAAGACGAUUUUCAGAUGAGACGACCUCCAAAUUUCAGUCAGAAUUUAAAUUCAGGUGAUAUCAGUGGUAUAAGAUGACACCCAAACUAUCAAACCAUCUGUGGUGAAGUUUGGAUCAGUGAGCACCAGACAACUGAGAUGGUGAUAUACCAGUACAGAGAUAAAAUACCUUAAAUGUAUUACCAGUAAUAAGGUAAAUCAUCAUCUUCAGGCACAAAACUAAACCUAAAAUGAAAUUCCAAUCAGUUGUUUUUGUACAUUUUCAUGAAAAAGGAUGAAUGGAUAAAGAUGGUGUAAAAUUAUAUGUGGUACGAUCAAUGUUCCUAAACGUAAACUAUUGCCUUGCGCCAUCUGCAUAUGUUGAGCUGUUGGCCAUAAUCUUCUUCAUAUAUCAUGUUUCUCUUCAUUAGAUACAACUUUUUUUUCUCUCUUUUUUUUUUGUAUAUGGACUUAAUCCCUAUACAACAUUGCAAGCUGGAGAAAUUCAUCUUACCUGCAGUUUGCUUUCCUUUACUGCUUAACUUGGGGUUCCAUGCCUCAAAGAUCUUUAUAUAGCUCCUCCUUCAGUUUUGGGAAAAACUGAGGAAUAUUCACACAGCCUCCUGCUUUAUCCAUUCAUACACAAUGCCAUCAGAGAGUUGUAGUUGUACUACAUUAAAUUUUGUUUACACAGUUUUCAACAUGAAUACGUUUCAGCACAUUUCCUCAAAAUGGAUUCCUAUUUUACUUUGUGUAACUUCCCCAAAAGAUUGUUUGUCUACCAUGGUAUUUUGCAUGAAAUUUUAAGGUCAUAGUUUUUGUAUGUGGCAUAUAGGACAACCCUCUGCCCCCCCCCUUUUUUGGGGGGGCAGGGAUUCAAGUGUUGUCAUAUAUGCUGAAAUAUAUAGUGUACAUGCAUAUUUAUCUCAUAUUGUUACCACAUUUUAUAAACAGACGUAAAAUAUAUUAAAGACAAACUCGAAGAGGAUGGCCACAUCAGAAAAAAACAGCAAUAAAAGUUCACAUAUAUACACCCACGUCUUGUUCAACUAAUUCACAUGCAAACAUUAAAGACUAACUCCAAGAGAGUGGCAAAGACCGAGGAACCUCCACCUCUCUGUCUGAACACUAUCUUGAACUCUAUCUUGCUCAAUUGUGAUAAUGGCCAAGCGCUACAGUCUUGUUGCUCAUCAUUCAUGUAUCACGUCAGUCAUGAUUUAGUAGUGAGCAUUUCAUUUCAUAUGAGAAGACAAAUACUCGUAUAUCAUAGUUCAUCUGGUGAUUUAAGUUGAGCAAUGCAAGAAUUUUUAAGGCAGUUUUCCCUCUUUUCAUUAGGGAGGACAUUACAUAAGAAUGCUUUUACACUGCUACUAAUAAUGCUUUUGUCAUAUAGUAGUUAAGCUUAGAUUACUUUCAUGUGCAAUAGAUACCUAUAUUUCAUUAUGAGUUUAUGGUUAUAUACAUGUACUCAUAAUUCACAUGUAAAACUCAACAUUUCCAA